GACGGACCGUCUCACAGGCUUCCAGGUUUCUAGCGAGGCUUCUUCCCCACUGAACUCGCAAGCAAAAACCCACUGCAAAAGAGUCACGGGCAUCCCACUCUCCCGUCUGAAAAGCCUCUGAAGCCCUUCAAGCCCGGCCCGGUUUUUAGUGGGUUCGCGCCGUCGUCUCGCGCGCCUGUUCUCAGCCGGUCCCUGCAGCUGGAGCGACCCGUGGGCGCCUGACGUUUUCUGCUUCUCUCUCUGCUGUCUCCCCCCCACGAUCGCUCCUUCCCCUUCCUGUUGCCGUCACCUCAUCCACCACACGAGGCGCCCUUCCCAUAUUCCUUCCCCCCCCCAACCAUUUUCUCCUCCGCUUCUUUCCUCUCCACCAUAAGAGAACCGAAUCGCCGGAUCUUUUCGUUUCCUUCGUCUCGACGACCUUACGCUUGCGUAUACGGCCUGUGGCCGCUCUGUUAUUCGUAUCCCGUUCCGAUGUCCGAUUGACGUAGCCGUCUUAUCACCGACGCCCAGCGCCGCCAUGGAGCGCAAUCACAUGCUUGCCCCAACGAGCGAUCGCGAGACCUCCUCCUCUCGCGAAGCCAUCCUCGGGCCACCGCCUGCUCGACCGCCGCCCUCUCUUAUGGGAUUUUCCCCUCCAGCUUAUUCCAAUUCCGCCCAUGCGAUAAAGCUCCCCGAUGUUCCCAACACUGAGCUACCACCUCUGUCACAUUUCGAGGCCGACAAUGAUAUCAAGCUGCCGUCGCUCAGCUCGCUGACUAGCGAAAUGGCCCUCGACCCUCCCAAGAACCAUUGGCCUCCGAUGAAUCCCAUUCACGCAUACCAUCCCAUGGCACCGUUGGGGCCUCAAACGAUGGAUAGUCCGACUCGAAUGGAUCUUGAUGCGAGCAGUAACAGCGUCGUCAGCGCUCCAUCCCCUGAUCGACUCCUUGAUGCGAGGUCAAGCAGCGUCAGUCUCGAUGAUCCUGACGUGCGAUUAGCCGCCGAGGCUCUCGGUGAUUUGAGAGCGGACUUUAUAUCAUCACCCCCUCACAGAAACACAUCGCUUCCUGUGAGCCCGCCGACCUCUCACGGUUUCCAGUCGUCGAAUCCAACUCAACCACAAUCUCCGCGACCGGAACCGUUAUUAUCUCUUCUUACAACGACACAUCCCCUGUUGGCGAGCACCAUUGAGGGUGCCACCUCGGCGUACGGAGGCGCCAAGAACUUUUCUCCACGUUUUCGAUCAGGAGCUGAAUACGUCGAAGGCUACCUGACGCCUAUCGCCAAUACUGUCGGCUCUGUUGGUAGAGUGACAGGUGUUGAAGGGGGUGUGCGAUGGUUUUUGGGUGCCGGUCGGAGGCAGAAUAGCUCGGCGUCAGAUCUGGAGGCCGGUAACAGCAAGAAGCGACGAAAGGUGGACAACGAGGGUGAACCAGUCAGCAACAAACGCCUUGAGGGUGAAGGCAUGAAGCAUAUCGCUGGCCUUCAGCAGCUUCCAGCCGACGCUGGAACACAAGAGCCCUUCUCGCCCCCUACCAGGGCAUGCUCGCGUCGCAUGUCAACAACAAGUACCAUUGAUACCCUCCCGGCUUAUGAUGAGCUGCGGUCCCCCGCCUACACGGAAACAGCUGAUACACAAAGCUCAUCACGACCAACCUCGCGGUCUAGUGGCGCUUGGCAAUCUCGACUAAUCAUGUCGACGUCGGGGUUGAGCGUCGCCAUGAGUGAGGAGAGUCUUCGCAGUUUGAAGUACUGUCUGCAAUGGCUCAGGUGGGCGAAUGGUCACAUCGCCCGUGUAAUCAGCGCCCUGAAGACCACUCUCGAGCAGUACGAGCAGGCAAACAACCCAUCUGCCGCACAGCAGAAUGGAUCAGAGAAGCAGCUCUUGCAGGGUGAGGCUAAUGAAGCGCCUGACAACUCGCAGCAACAAUCUCGAAGCGCGCUCGCCGCUCGUAUCUCUACGCUCAAAGGCGACGUCUUGAAGACUCUUCAGGAUGCAAUCCUGACUGUGUCAAAAUAUGCAGGUGGCGCUCUGCCCGAAAACGCACGAAUUCUUGUGCGCCGUCAUCUGACCAGCCUGCCCCAACGCUUCCGUGUCGCUACCCAGUCAGACAACAGUUCUCAGAAUGGAGAACGAGACAGCGACUCGGCCCUUUCUGAGGGCGCGCAGAAGGUUCUUGUUCUGGCCAAGGAGGGUCUGGACAUGGUGACUCAAGUGAGCGGUGUUGUCGACGGCACCAUUGUCAGCGCCGAACAGUGGCUGGAUCGCAUGGGCAAGCGAAGGCAGAAGCAGGAUGAAGAGAAGCCUGUGUUGCCCAAGACUGAGCCCGAGUAUAAUGGCGAUGUCAAGAUGGGUUAAGACCGCAUUGUGGCGGACAAUGCUCGCAGAUGGAGUUAUAGUGAUGGAAACGGAAAAACAAAAACAUAAGGGGAUCGCAAACAAGCCUGGAGCUUCCAGGAUGUGAAUUCGAGGGCAAAAGAGGCGGCUGGCGAACAUGGGCGGAUGAUUUGAUACCAAACAGUCCCGCAAGAGGCGGAGAAUGCGCGUUCCUUUACAAUGGUUUCCCCUGGAUGGAUGGAAACGAACGAUGAGCAGGGGGUUGCGAUGGGGUUGACUAUAACUGACUGUCUUACUGACACUUUUCUUUGGGUAUUAUCUGGUUGUCCUGGUGUCUAGGUAAUAGGGCGUUACUGGUUGAUUGAUAACAUGAAAGAGACAAGGAGUGUUGUGGAGAUAUUCAGGAGAGUGUUGAUGGGUUUCUAUUUGAUUUGGAUGUGGAUGCAAAAACCAAUGCCUUUAGUUUCGACUUGGGGAGCUGCUUCGUCUUGUCUUGUCUUGUCUUUGCAGUCUCGGGUUGUUUUUGAUGGUCUUGAAUGCUACACAAUGGCUGACUGUUUCUGGCCCUGGCUGGAACAAGACAGUCGCAGAGGAUGAUAAUCAACAAGGUUGAUGCUUUGUCUUGGCAAGGAGGCCUCAUGGCGAUAUUGUAGCGAGCUGUUUCUGAGCUUUAUUAGCCAACAUGAUAUUCCAUGGCAUUUCUUGUUG